GGUUCUGACUCGGUUACCAAAUAUGGUGUGGAGGCGGCGCCGCGGUGUGACGUAGCGUGCACACGGGCGGCUGUGGAGCUCGGCCUGCACGUGCGGCCCUAAUGUGUUGCCGCCGCCGUGCCGGUCUGUGCUGCUGCUCAAGCUCCCGCCCGUUGUGUGCUGCCGUGCAAAAUAAAGCCCUCGCGGUGCAGGGACGGGGCUGCGCACCGCCGCUUUGAAUAACUUGCGACUUAUCGACUUCUCUACCACUGAGUACGGAGAAGAGAGAGCAUGACGUACACGGUGACGUCACGAGCUGCGCGCUGAUUGGCUGGGGCUGAUGCUCGAGUCCCAUUCAUAAAACUGGUGGGCCACACGCGCGGUGUGUUCAGUGAGUAUCGUGGCAGUGUCGGGGAAGGAGGUGCUAGCCGCUCGCCGCCUUGGCUCCACUGGAAGACUUGUGGUCGCUGGGGGCCCGGCGUUGCCUCUCGCGCUUACCUUCCUACACCAUAUCAGGUUCGGGGGAGCCGCACCCCCAGCCUGAAGACUCUAGAGAAUCCAGUGAAGAAGACCUUAACUUUUCCACCAUGAUUAUGGACGGUAUUGACCCGAUGUCGGCUGCUGCCAUAGCAGAACACUCUGCCAUGUCGUUCAGUUUGGUGAGCUUUGACACGUUCGACAAGGGCGGGGAUUGCCUGCAGUCUGCGUCCGUGUUUGAUCGGCCGUCGGAGGACCUCAACACGCCCGUCACCACCUCGGAGAUGCCCACCUUCUUCCACACGGUGGAGCCCCUCGAGGAGCCCGAGCCGCCGCCCAUCACAGCGUCGGUGGGGAGCGUGGAGGAGCAGCCCAGCCCGGCGAGUGUGGCGGACCCGUCCUCCCCCGCCGCCCUCCCGCAGCAGGUCACCCACCACCACCUCCACCCCACCCCGGCCUCCACCCCGGUGCAGCACGAGGCCGUCAAACAAGAGAUUCAGGAGGUCGCCGCCAGCCCCAGAAUACCUUCUCCCGUGGGACUGGGUAGCCCCUGCCAGUCCCCGGGGGAGAGUGUAGGCGGCGACGCAACCAUGUUCCCCCACCAGGCUGCCGCGCCCGCUCCGCCCGCUUCGGCGACGAGCAGCGGCGCGCAGGCGGGCGAGGGCCAGAAGCUGCAGUACCGCGGCUCCUUCACCACGGGGCCGCCCUCGACGGGCCUCGGAGGGCCGCAGGUUACUACGCCCUCGCCCACCACCCUCAACGCCUGGCUGUUCCCCAACCCCCCGCACGAGAAGACCGUCUUCACGCCCUUCCUUGGCUUCCUGCCGCAGCCGGUGAGCAGCAGCCAGCAGGUGCUGCCUGACCCCCCCGUCACCCUGGCGCCCUCCUUCUCCGGCUAUGACGACCGGCUGCCGGCCAUCAACAUCUCCACCGCGGACCUGCUGCCGCCCUUCGAUGCACAGCCGGCGGCGGCGCUGAAGCAGCCGCUUACGUACCCUCCGUGUUCCUCGACGGCCGUCGUCACCUCGACGUCGGUGGUUGCCGGACAGCUGCAGCAGCCCCCUCAGCUGUCCCUCCCGGGUGCGCCGCAGCAGCCCCCUCCGCCACAGCCGCCUCAGCCACAGCAGCAGCAGCAGGCGCAACAGCAGGCACAACAAGUACAGCAACAAGCACAACAACAAGCACAACAACAACAGCAGCAACAACAGCAGCAACAGCAACAACAGCUGGCCGGAGUGGGCCAGGCGGGGGCGUCUCAGGUGGACUUCGGGCGGGGCGGCAUGGUGGGCAGCACCAAGUUCCAGUACCCGACACAGUUCACGCAAGUGUUCAGCGUCGGGGGCGUGGCGGAGCCUGUCGCGGGGCCCUCGGGCGUUGUGGUGCCCAAGCAGGAACCGGUGUACUCCGACGCCGCCAACCUGGCCGAGUACAACCAGUCUACCAGCAAGGGCCACGAAAUCCUGACGCAGGUGUACCAGUCCACGCAGGUGCCUCUCAAGCUGAUCCCCGUCAAGCCGCGCAAGUACCCCAAUCGGCCCAGCAAGACGCCGGUGCACGAGCGGCCCUACGCCUGCCCCGUCGAGAACUGCGACCGUCGGUUCUCUCGUUCCGACGAGCUGACUCGACAUAUCCGUAUCCACACUGGUCAGAAGCCCUUCCAGUGUCGGAUAUGUAUGCGGUCUUUCUCGCGCUCCGACCACCUCACCACACACAUUCGCACACACACGGGCGAGAAGCCCUUCUGCUGCGACAUCUGCUCCCGGAAGUUCGCACGCUCCGACGAGAAGAAGCGGCACGCCAAGGUGCACCUCAAGCAGAAACUAAAAAAAGUGAGUGGCAGUUCGCCCGGAGCAGCGCCGCCACCGCCGAGCAGCAGCAGCACCGCCCAGCCUCCGCAGCACCCACCCCAGCACCUGCAGCAGCAGCAGCAGCAGCCCCAGCCGCAGGCGCAGCAGUCAACACAGCAGCAGCAGCAGCAACAACAACAGCAGCAGCAGCAGCAGCAGCAGCAGCACGUGGUGGGCGCGGUGGUGACGACGGUGUGAACAGCUCGCCACACAUUCUCACCUCAUAAGACAUUUUUUACAAGCUUUAACUAAGCUUUAUGGGCGGGUCGUGGCGGCGGGCAUGGCGGGCGUGGUUGGCCUCCCCCCGCGCCCCCUGUAACUCCUUCAUUAACCAGUAACCCGUCGGCCGCCCGUGAGCCCCGCCCCACCCAUCCACUAUAUUUGUAUAUUGAAGUGUGGGUGAGCGUGGGUAUGGACUCCCCGCCCCCCCUGACCCAGCGGCCCAACCUUGACCCCGGUGCCCCGUGACCCCCUGUGCCACUCUUGCCGUGCCAUAUCCUCACCUGUGUCAAGUGUCAGUGCCAUCCCCCCCUCCCCCCCGGAGCAGCGGGGCCCGUGCAGCACGGGUCUCCUCGCCCACGCCCCGACCAGGCGAAGGCGUCCUGGGCCCGGCAGCAGAAGAGACAACACUGAGUCGUCGCCUCCGCCGCCAGGGAUCGGUGGCAUCGCCGGCGGGAACGCCUGGGACUGGUCACGGCCUUUGACGUCCCUGAUCUGGCUGUGAGGUCAUUGGUCAAGCUGCAUGUGACGUCACUGACCCGGCUGUGCUCCUCACUCGUUAUUUUCUAAUAUUCGGAUGCCGUGUGGUGUUAGGAUGUGAUUUGUGUUCCUCGUCUUUACUGUGUCUUUAGCUGUCAACUUUAAUUUAUAUUUUUCUACGUGAGAGUAAACGUGCGAAAGCUAGAGAAUUACUGUUCUACUGAGUCCCUGAGCUGGCUAUUGCCUUCUCUGUCUCUCUGUCUGUCUGUCUCUCUCUCUAUCUAUCUAUCUAUCUAUCUCUCCCCCCGGGGUCCUCUUCUCUCACUUGUCCUCUUUCCCCCUCUCGGUCGCGGGUGGCCCCCUGGCUGUUACUGCCUCCCCAUGGUGGACGCCUCCCCCGGGGUUGUAGCCCGGCGGGUGGGGGGUCCCCGGGGAUGGAAGCCCCACAGGGCAAUGGUUGGUGCCUUUGGAGGGACGCUCCUCAGGGUGACACUCCCCCAGGUGGUAUCCGCCCCGGCAGUGCCCCGUGACAGGCGUGACCGCCGGAGCACUGGCCGCCAGGACCUCACCGCCACGGCGAUCGCUGCCGUGGCGGCGGCGGCCUCGUGGCGGCGGUGCUCUGGCCAGCGUCUCCUUCACGGCCCUGCGAGUGGAGCCCCUGAGAGGAAGGCCCCAGGGAGAGGUCCCAGGGCGGCCCCCAGAGGGAGGUCCUCACGCCCGUCGUGUCGACGGUCCAGGGUGGCGCAAAGAUGGUGACGAGCCUGCCUGCAGCAUCCCGCUCCUGCCCCUCCCGGCCCCGCCCCGCCCCGCCCCACCCCGCCCCGCCCCGCCCCCUCAGGCCGCUAUAUUCCCAAUACUCGCCAAAGAUCUCAUUUAAGCAUUUCCUCGUAACCAAGUCCCUGAUGGCAGCCUCCCCGGGCCGGGGGGUGCCGGGGACCCGCCGCGGGGCUCGUUGCCAAUCUUUGGACUUAACGGUACAAAAUCGCCUUAUGACUCUAUAUGCCUGUGAGUUCUUGAUUCUGUGUACAAAUUUCCGUGGGUGUGACGCGAGGCUGUCGGAGAGAGUAACUCCUUGUCCAGGGAAGCCGUGUGGACCCCGUGUUGUGGCAUCUGGCAAUCGGUCAUCUUUGUUGUUGUUGUUGUUGUUGUUCUUGUUGUUGUUGUCUUUCUGCAGGGAACGUUUUUCCAGUGUGUAUAUUCAACUUUUAAGCGUUUAAAUGCCUAUUAAUCAGAUUUUUUAAUUGUGAACCUCGAGGUCUGUGUAUCCUCUCCGUUCCUCGAUAUCAAGCACAAAUAAAAUACAUAUAGAAAUAUAAAUAAAAAAAUAUAUAUAUCUAAUCAUUUAAGUAUAUAUAGAAAAAAAUAUAAAUCAUUGCCACAUCUCACGCAUUAAUUUUUGUCAUUGGUCGCAGCUGAACAUCACCAUCAUCACCAUCAUCAUCAUCACCACCACCACCACCACUAUCACCAUCACCAUCACCAUCACCUUCACCAUCACCAUCCCAUCACCAUCACCACCACCACACACUAAGCCUGCAAUAUAGUGUUUCAUUGGACAAUCUAUGUUUCAAUGUUCACCUGUGUAUAGGAAGAAAGAAAGGUCUAUAAAUAUACUACAAACUACAAACAAAACAAAAAAAUCACCAAAAAAACAUAACCAGUGUCAUUGUCAUUUUCGUCAGUGAUAUGUGAGAGAAAGUGAGAAUCCGCCUCAACAGUGACGAGACGGUGAACGUGAUAAAGAGAGAGAGAUACAACCAUAGACUCCAGAACCGUUGCCAGCGUGUGUUUUCGUGCCCUUUUAUUCUGUACCCUGAGCGAGUGACGUGAAUGUGAUCCUUCCCUCUAGUGGCCGAACCCUCUUCACGCAGCCGGACGGGGGAUCCAACACGACGUAAAGGGAAUCCGAUCCUCUGUGCAGAUCCUAAUUAAAGAGAAUCCAAUCCUUUAUACCACCCUAAAAAACAGAUUCAGAUCGUAUUAUUCAGACUUGUAUUUGUUGUUUUUGGACCUUAAUUCUCGAGUGACUCCAAACUUUUUUAUGAAUGGUCUUCGAUCCCUUUCCCCUCCCCCCCUCCGGCUUGCCCAAGAGGGUCCGCGCCGCCCUUAUAUAUAUUACAUACGUAUAAACAAAAAAGGUUGUCAGAACUUAAAAAAAGAAGCAUCGUGAAAUAUUGUUAAUUGAGAGAAUGUUAUUUAUUUACCAAAAAAUUUUAAAUGUUAUAAAGUGUGUAUAAUAUCCGUGUAAAAUACUAAUAUAAUUUUAUGCUGAAAUAUGAA